AAAUAAAGCGAGGAAGUUCUGCGACUCUUUACAUUACAUUAACAAUUCCAUAUGCCGAUCAAAUCUUUAUUACUGAUAAUCCUUUUCAAUUACCCAAACUUUAUAUUUCUUUAAAUCUUCUUAAUAAAAAGGAUAGAUCAUUUGAUUGUGGUGAUGAGACAGAUUUAAAUAUCAAUUACUGUGGAAUAAAAAUACCCGCUUACACAUUCAGUGAGAGACAUAAAUAUGAAACAGAUGAAUGGAAGAAACCACACAAAAUUACAAUUAACAACAUGGAAGACGGUGAUUAUAAAAUUAACAAGCAUCUGACAUUAAGGUUAAAGACGGCAGCAAUUCAAGGAGACGAGAACUCGCCGAGCAAAAUAUUUGAAGAUGUUUUUUUACCAGAUGUACAGGUGCAUAUAGUAGAAGAUAAUUCUUUAUGGAAGGGACGGGUGUGUAAAUCAACUUCGGACCCAAAUAUGAAAACUUUUGAUGGCAAGUAUUAUGACUGCUUCGAAAGAGGAACUUUCAUCUUAUACAGAAAUGAAGACUACAACCAGGAGGUUCAAGAAAAACACUUUUCCUGUUAUACCGGUGUAACAUGUAACUGUGCUGUAGCCGUGCGAUCCGGUCGAGACAUUUUCACAAUCGAUAUUUGUACAAACAAUAGAGAAUUGAUUAACUUUCCACUGUGUGAAGACAAAGUAUUGAGGGUAACAAAGCUAACAGACCGUCGUUACAUGGUCCUACUACCGACUGGAACUAUUGUAAUGAUUAAAAUUACUUCCUGGCGGGAAGUUUGGUAUCUGAAUGUAGACAUCACAGCCUCGCCAUCUGAUGUAAACAGGACUAGCGGUUUGUGUGGUAGUUUGGAUGGAAACAUGGACAAUGAUAACAUGGGAAGACACAAGAACAAAACUGACUUUCCAACAUCAUGGCAGGUAGAUAACACCACCGAAAAUCUGUUCAAUCAAAACAACAAUCAAUACAAUGAGCUGCAAGCUAUUUCAAAAACUACAGCUCUGACUCGAGUUUGUACCUGUACAAAUGCAACGACGGGUAUAUGGAGAACGAUUUGCAAUUAUGGAACUUUCAAAGAAUGUAAAUUUGCCACUGGAAAAAAAUUCUUCUGCAUCUUGGACCAUGAGGGAUCAAGGCGACGUAAACGGGACCUCGCCCACUUGUUUUCACAAACUGGUUUUGAUGAAAGUUCAAAUUCUGGAACACUGGAUGUAAAGAGGUACAAAAGACAAACAGUGAUGUCAGAAGGAGAAGCAAGAAAUACUUGUCUGGCGGAAUUUGAGAAGUCUGUAGCGUUUCAGACCUGCCAAAAGCAUAUCUCAGACUUACGUAGAUCGUCGUUAACGAAUUGUAUUUCAGAUCUCAAAUUUACAGGAGAUAUAAGCUUUGCAGCAGUUCACAUUGAGGAUGCCAUUGAACAAUGUUCAACGUAUAUUGUACUUAACUCUACAUUUCAACAAGUCGAGAAAGAAGUUACACAUCAAAUACAAUCCCUAUGUCCUUCAAACUGUAGUGGUAACGGUGUCUGCAUUAAAGGAAAUUGCACAUGUAUCUCUAGAUAUGCUGGAAGUGAUUGUUCUUUUGAUUUAUUCGGGCCUCCAGCAAUAUCUCUGAUCUCCAAUUUUGGUUUCUGUGACAAAUCAGAAGAAGCCUGCGAUGAAAUAACACUGUAUGGAAGAUAUUUCUUGGAGAAUAUGAAUACACGUUGCUUUACAACUAGACAAAGGAUCACAGAAAAUGGUUCAUACGUUGAGCUUGAUUACUUUGAGAAAAAGUUAGAGGAAAGGACCCUUUUUGAAGGAUAUUGUCCAUUAGAAUAUGCUUCAACACCAACGUGGGUAACAUAUUUUAUCUUUAACGUCUCAAAUGAUGGCAGAAGCUUUACUGAAAACUACAAUGUGUAUACAUAUCAAUCUCUAUGUCAAGAAUACCAUAACAAAAGUGGAAAAAUUUCAUUCACUUUUAAGGAAGGCUAUUGCUUUGUUGAUGGUCGAUGCAUCGCCGAUGGAAAAAGGAAUCCCAAGAAUAAGUGUGAUAUAUGCAACGUUGCCAAGGAUAAAUACAGCUGGACUUUCAAUGAGGGACAUUGUUACAUCAAUGGAAGUUGCAUUAAAGAUGGAGAAUUGAACAUGAAAAAUCCUUGUGAAAUCUGUAUUAUAGAAAAAAGUGUUACUUCCUGGUCAAUCAAUUCAGAAUUUUGUUUCAUAAAUGGCGUCUGUUACUUCGAUGGCGAACGGAGAAAAAAUAGUGGCUGUGAGAUUUGCAACAUCAAUAAAACCAGAAAUAAAUGGACAGUUAUUGAAGGUGGGUUUUGCUUCAUAAACGGAAGUUGUGUACGCGACGGAGAACAUGCUCCUCAGCAAGAAUGCAAAGUUUGUAAUCCUGCAUCAAAUAUGUAUGAAUGGCACUUCGAUUCAGCUGCAGGCACUUAUUGCAUAAUAAAUGGAAUAUGUGUUAGCAAAGGGGAACGUGAUACGCAUAAAGGCUGUCGUAUAUGUAAUCCGACAUUAAACUACGAGGAUUGGUCCAUUGAGCCAGGUUGUAGUACAAGCACAGAAUUAACUACCACAGAAUCGUCGAGAGAAACGACGGAAUCGCCCUCAUUUUUAACCGUUGCCGAGACAUCCGUAUCUACAAAAGCCACAACAGAAGCCCCGAAAUCAGUGGAAUCAUCAAAAACAUCAGUAUCAACUGCAUUAUGGAAUGAAUCAACUGCUUUGGAAACAACUACAGCAAAUACAACCUUGCAUGCAACACGAACAGACAUAAUAAAAGAGACAACGACAAAAAGAAUAGAAUCAACAGCAACAGAAAAAGUAACUAAGUCAGAGACAACAGCAGGAGCAACAACAAUAUCGAAAGCAAAGGAGAAAGAACAAGCUUACACAGAAGUAACAACAAUGGAAACAAUCCAAGAUACUUUGAUUGUAGAAAAUACCACACUAACUAAAAUUCAAGUCGAUAAAACAACAACAUCGGUGACAAAUGACCCAACUGUAAAAGCAAAAUUAAAUUAUUCGGUAACAACCAAAACAAAGACAAUGAAAACAACACCAAGCCAAACCGUAGAACAGACAGUAUCAAAGUUAAUAACAAACCAAGUCUCAGAUGAAUUAACAACAAGAGCAACACCCGAAACAAAAACAGAAAAACCUACUGUGUUCACAAGCAUAGGAAAAACCACUAUACCAAAGACAACUACAGCUUCUUCUUCUUCAACAGAAUCCACACAUUUACUCAAAUUUUCCGAAUUUCUAACUUCUAUUUCUACGUGUUGUGCCAUGACAACAGAUGAUCCAAAAUCACCGACACCGAAUGCAGUACGUCAAUAUACCCUUUUAGUCGUGUCUGUUGCGGCGCCUCUUGCUUUUGUGCUUCUUAUCAUGGCAAUUGUUGGUUUCAUCAAAUGCUAUCGGAGAUCCCAUGCUACUGUUAUUCUGCAAUCCAGUGAUAACGCAGACUGCAAGCUGGAUAUGAAAGGACACACUUGGAUGAGGCAAAUGAAUAAAUUGUCUGCUGAUGAGGUUUUCUGUGAUUCAGAGUUUGGGGUGAGCAGCUCUGGUGACAAAUAUUCCAAAUUCAGUGAAAACAACGAACCGUUUUCCUAAUAAAUUACCUUGAAAAUAAUUUAUAAAACAUGAACUGGAAAACACACAGAAGAAAAAAAAACAAUGGCAUAUAUAUAUAAUGUUGUAUCUACUUGGUAGAUCCGACAUUUAGGAUAUGCAGUGUUGUUGGUUUUUUUAGUGAUAUAGAAUAGAAUAUUUAUUCAACCAAUUUGGGCCCACAGUGGAGCAUACAGAGCAGUUCCAAAAUCAUCACAGUUAUACAUAUACAGAAACAGAACAAAACAAAUAUUGUAUAAUGAACAGAGAGUUAGCUAUCUUCUUUUAGGAUGUAUAAAAUGUACAUUAUAAGUGGCCUAUGUAUAAUAUCUGCAAUAUGCCUAUAUUAAACUAUGUUGUUUUCUCUUAUUAAAAUUUGCAUUUAAAAGUUGGCAUAAUAAAACAACAAACUCAGAA